AUGUCCCUGCGUGGGGAGACGGGAUGGCAAGCGACCCAUGCGAAGGCUUUCGGCAAGGAGCGCUGGCCCCAGCUUCUUCGCGCACUGCGGCAGCCAGUCCAUCAUGUCGCGCUUGUGAACCCCUUCUUGCCGUCGCUCCAGCGUGAGGACGUGGCGCAGCUGCAGCGGCUGCAGCCGCAUGAAGAGAUACCUUGCGUCUUCGUCAAUGCAGAUGGCUCGUCCUGUUCCAAUGAUGCCGAAGCUGAUCAGGAUGGUGACGGUCUGCUUGCGCCGAGGGCUUCGCUGGAAACUCCGGCUACCUCCGACCUCCUUCCAUGUUACUUCCUGGACGGGGCCUCGGCUUUGGCGGCAGCUUUGUUGGAGCCCGGGCCGGGAGCGUCGGUCCUGGACCUUUGCGCAGCUCCGGGGGGGAAGUCGCUGAUGCUGGCGUCGCUGCUCUUUGCAGGACCGGAGGCAUCUGGGAGGCUGAUCUGUAACGAGAUGUCGCGCCCCCGGCUAGCGAGACUGCAAAAAGUGGUCUCCUCGUUUCUGCCACCCGAGAUGCUGGCUACAGGUGCUACUGGGCGUGUCAGCCUUGUCAAUGUCGAUGCUGCCACUGGAUCCAUCCCGGUGCCUUUGCAGCGCCUGGCUCCCUUCGACCGGGUGUUGGUGGAUGCUCCCUGCACCUCUGAUCGCCAUCUUGUACAUCAAGGAGCGUCGGCUUUGGCACACUGGGCUGCUGGAGCUGUCAAGGCCAAUGCGGAGCGACAGCUGGAGCUGUUGCGUGCAGCUGCUGCACUGGUGAAGCCUGGGGGCUUGGUAUUGUACGUCACCUGUGCUUUGGCGGAAGCUGAGAAUGAUGGUGUUGUGUCCAAGUUCCUGAAGAAGUUCGGCCAAAACUUUGCGUUGGAUGCCUUCCCUGAUCAAGCUUCGCGGCUUCUGCAGGGUGCUGACGCGACCCAGUGUGGCGUACUGAUCCUUCCUGAUCGGACGCCGUACGGGCCCAUGUACAUAUCCCGCCUGCGCCGUCACUAG